CCGAUACGCGCGGCUUCGCUUCACUUCGUUUCGCUUUUCAUGUGGAAUACUUAAACUCGACUAUUCGAUAGCAAACUACUUAACUUUCGCGAAUCCCCUCCAACCCGAUUCACGAACUUUAUACGAUUGUUCGAUCGAUACUUCGGGAUACUGAUACUUGAAAUUGAUUGAAGAAAAAAAGAAAAGAAAAGAUUUUUCAUUGUUUCGUGUUCAUAUGUUAUUCGUAAUAUAAUCAACCGUGUGUAAUAGGAGAUGUACUGUAAUUAACUCCUUUCGAUAAUAGAUUAAUCAUUUCGUUGCUAAAUACGUUCGAGUAAUUUCAAGUGCGUCGAUAAUAUGGGCCAAUCCGUGUUAACAAAUAAUUAACGUGAAUCCAAUCGGAUCUAUCUUGAAAGUAAUAGCCGAAUCAAAAUUAAAUCGUGCAUUGAUCCAUAUAUACGUAAUAGGAAGUAACGCGUUCACGAGUAUUAGUUGUAUCGAAAAGAUCGAACAAGGACAUCGAGCAACAAGAGCGAAAAAAUAAACGAACAAACAAACAAACAAACAAGCAAAAACGAUAAUAACAAUAACAGGAACAACUACCAAGAAGAAAACUUAUUGAUAAAAAAUACAAAGGAAACGUUUUUACAGAGGUCAUUGUCGAUCGUCUCUAGGUCUUACAAUAUCCUUGAACCAAUGUCGAACUCAGUACGAGCGUAGAUAUCACACAGGAUUAAGUUUCACACAUAAAUAUCGUGAUUGAUUAUGGAAAGUUGAAGAAGAUGUUGACGAGCGCAUAUUUACCCGUACUAAUCGUAACGAUUUCUUUUAAUCUGAUAUAUUCGACGAAUGCAAUAAAUACAACGAGCUCUCUGCAGAGCGAAAAAAGUGACGAGGAUGAUACGAGAGAUGUUAUCAGACGUGGAGAAUUCGUAACGGACAUCCUUGCACAAAACGGUGGUAGUGCUAUACUUCCCUGCAAAUUCACCGAUCCCGGAAUAAUAACAUGGAUAAGACGAAAGGACAAACAACUUUUGACACUAGGAAAACUCACGUAUUCCAUAGACACGAGAUUUAUCGUUUUACAGGAUAAACCUAAUUGGAAUUUAUUGAUUAAAAACGUUAAACAAGAGGACGCUGGUAUCUACGAGUGUCACAUACAAACGGAACCAGUGAGACAGCGAUUGAUACGUCUGAACAUUACCAAUGCCUACUCCGUUAUACCAGGAAGUCCAGAUUUACACGUCAAACAAGGCUCGAACUUACGUUUGGAAUGUCGAUUGAUGGCCUUCGCAGAAACACCGAGUUUCAUAUUCUGGUAUCGCGACGAUCGUAUGAUCAAUUACGAUGACGAGCCUGGAGUUAAGAUCGAAGCUACGAAAAAUGGAUCUGUACUUCUCGUAGGUAACGUUAGAUUAUCCCACGGUGCUAAUUAUACUUGCUUACCGAGCAAUGCAAGGCCUACUUACAUCAGAAUACACGUUAUCGAAGAGGAAGAAAAUCCAGCAGCGAUGCACGAUAGUGGCGAUCGAAGAAGUUCUACAUCUAACGCAAGAAACAACGUUGGCUAUUUUUACUUUCUAAUAUUUUUUUCUCUCGGAGCUUUCGAAUUGAUCUUUCCGAAAACUUACUUAUUAACAACGUGACUGCCAAUUUCUCUAUCUCAGUCUUUCUAAUAUCUUUUAUCGAUGUAAGUUUUAUCAAAUAUUAUCAAUAAUCGGUGAACAUCGAUGUUAUAAAAACGAUCGUUUUGUCAUUGAAAUGAUUAAUGAGAAUAAAAUUAUUAUUUCUCAAG